GCCACCCAUCCAGACACCUCGCAGCGUAGGGAGAGUUCCAGAGAAAGCCUCGCCCAGCCUCUGCACUGAGGGCUCCUGUGCCCACUGCGGCCGCCGCAGGCCCAAGAUGCCAGCUGUCCAGCUGCUGCUGCUGGCCUGUCUGGCGUGGGGCGUGGGGGCCAGGACAGCCCAGUUCUGGAAGGCCAACGACCAGAGUGGCAGCUGCCAGUAUACCUUCAGUGUGGCCAGCCCUAGUGAGUCCAGCUGCCCCGAGCAGGGCCAUGCCAUGUCAGCCAUCCAGGACCUGCAGAGAGACAGCAGCAAACAGCGUGCAGACCUGGAGUCCACCAAAGCCCGGCUCAGCUCCCUGGAGGCCCUCCUGCACCGGCUGACCUCAGGUCAGGCUGCCAGGCCCGUGGAGACCCAGGAGGGGCUUCAGAGGGAGCUGGCCACCCUGAGGACGGAGCGAGAACAGCUGGAGACCCAAACCAGGGAGCUGGAGACAGCCUACAGCAACCUCGUCCGUGACAAGUCAGCUCUGGAGGUGGAGAAGAGGCGACUGGAGGCGGAGAAUGAGGAUCUGGCCAGGAGGUUGGAAAGCAGCAACCAGGAGGUCACAAGACUGAGAAGGGACCAGUGCCCCAAGGCCCACAGCAUUUCUCAGGAUGUGCCUCCAGGAUCCAAGGAAGUUUCUAAAUGGAAUUUGGAGAACUUGGACUUCCAGGAACUGAAGUCAGAGUUAACUGAGGUUCCUGCUUCACGAAUCUUGAAGGAGAGUCCGUCUGGUCGUCCCAGGAGUGAAGAGGAAGGCCAUGGAUGUGGAGAACUCGUGUGGGUAGGAGAGCCUGUCACGCUGAGAAGAGCUGAAACAAUCACAGGCAAGUAUGGCGUGUGGAUGAGAGACCCCGAGGCUGCCCAACCCUAUACCCGGGAGACCACGUGGAGAAUCGACACGGUGGGCACGGACAUCCGCCAGGUGUUUGAGUACGACUUCGUCAGCCAGUUAACGCAGGGCUACCCUUCCAAGGUGCACGUGCUGCCCAGGCCACUGGAAAGCACGGGCGCAGUGGUGUACCAGGGGAGCCUCUAUUUCCAGGAAGCCAAGUCCAGGACGCUUAUCAGGUAUGAGCUGGGCACCGAGACGCUGAAGGCUGAGAGGGAAAUCCCUGGAGCUGGCUACCACGGACAGUUCCCCUAUUCCUGGGGUGGCUACACAGACAUCGACCUGGCCGUGGACGAGACAGGCCUCUGGGUCAUCUACAGCACCGAGGCGGCCAAAGGCGCCAUUGUCCUCUCCAAACUGAACCCAGAGAACCUGGAACUUGAACAAACCUGGGAGACUAACAUCCGGAAGCAGUCAGUCGCCAACGCCUUCAUCAUCUGUGGCACCUUGUACACCGUCAGCAGCUAUUCGUCGCCCGAUGCUGCCGUCAACUUCGCCUACGACACCCACACGGGGAGCAGCAAGGCCCUGACUGUCCCCUUCAAGAACCGCUACAAGUACAACAGCAUGAUUGACUACAACCCCCUGGAGAAGAAGCUCUUUGCCUGGGACAACUUCAACAUGGUCUCCUACGACAUCAGGCUUUCCAAGGUUUGAAGAGCUGCCAAGUGCUGCCAGAAAAGGCAGAAGGGGACGGUGUUCAGGGCGCCUGGGGGAGAGCCAGCCAGCCAAUGCCCACGCAGCUUCGCUCCGCUUUCCAAGCCUGGAUUAAUCCGAAAGAAAAGAAUGUGCGCUGUCACCAUGGCUGACUGGGCAGGAACAGCCAUCUGGGGAUUUAGACAAUCUCACACUAUAAUAGUCUUUACUUCUGUCAGCUCUUAAAGGGAUACUUAAUCAAAAUAGUUUAACUUUUCUGGUGACUUAAGGCAAAAGCUGUAUUGCGUAGUAGUUUCUUCACAAAAACCACAAGGCUUUUUAUAAAUGGCCCUCACCAGGAGGGGGGAUGGUAUAGUUCAGUGGUAGAGUGCAUGCUUAGCAUGCAUGAGGUCCUGGAUUCAGUCCCCAGUACCUCCAUUAAAAAAAACAAAUAACCUAAUUAUCUCCUCUCCCCCCCAAAAAAAAUACCCCCCCCAAAACAACAAAACAAACAAAAAAUAAUAAAUGGCCCUUACUGGCUGAAGAGAGUAUGUGUGGAGAAGAGUUUGGGAAAAACAGAUUGCCCCACGUGGACCCCAGGGCCAUCCCCCGCUCUUGCACACUGCCUGGUUACCAUGAGCUACAAUAACAAAUAGUGAGCCUAAAGGAAGAAGAGCAGCUUUUGCGCCAGCGCUGAACACACAUAAGAUGUGUUUACUAUAGUUGGCUUCUAAUGCUUCAAGUGUCAUCCUGUUGUGUGGUAUAGGACCUCUGCCCUGCAAAAUAAAAUAGUCUUACAUAACAGUC